AUGUCGCAUGAGAAGAGCUUCCUGGUGACCGGAGAUCCCUACUCCUGCCCUCCAUACCCUGCAGGACAAGCUCCGCCUCCACCGCCAGUGUAUGGGCACCCACCGUACCCUACCCUACUACCGACCCCUACCCUACUACUGCCCUGUCAUGUACCCCACUGAGGUCCCGUACCCCAAUACCGUUCCCUACCCCACACACCCACCCAUGGCUCAACCCCCCAUAUACCCUCCAGCAUACAACCAAGGGCCCUAUCCCAGCGGGCCCUAUCCCAGCGGGCCCUAUCCCAUCCAGCCCUAUCCCAGCCAGCCCUACCAGCACCCUCCGUAUGUACAGGGCGGAUACCCAUCGGAGCAAAGCGACUUUUGGCUCCCCUAUACACAGUACCACCUACCACGAGGAGGGGCCCCCAUCAUACUGUGACAACCAGGACUUCCCCACCAGCCACUGGGAUGAUAAAAGUAUUCGGAGAGCGUUCAUCCGGAAGGUCUUCCUGGUCCUCACGGCUCAGCUUCUGGUCACCUUCGCCUUUGUGGCGGUCUUCACCUUUGUGGAGGAAGUUCGGGUUUAUGUGAAGAGGAACACCUGGACCUAUUACCUGUCCUACGCCAUCUUCUUCUGCUCCCUCAUCACUCUCAGCUGCUGCGGGGACUUCCGCCGCCGACACCCAUGGAAUCUGGUGGCGCUGUCCAUCCUGACCCUCAGCUUGUCAUACAUGGUUGGAAUGAUCGCCAGCUUUUAUGACACCGAAGCGGUAAUAAUGGCGAUCGGGAUCACCGCCGCAGUCUGCUUCACUGUUGUCCUCUUCUCCAUGCAGACAAAGUAUGACUUCACAUCCUGUAUGGGUGUCCUAAUGGUCAGCCUGGUGGUCCUAAUCAUCUUCUCCAUCCUUUGCAUCUUCAUCCGUAACAAGAUCCUGCAGAUAGUGUACGCUGCGCUGGGCGCUCUGCUCUUCACAUGUUUCCUGGCCGUGGACACGCAGAUGAUUCUGGGUAACAAGCAGUUGGCGCUGAGUCCUGAGGAAUACGUCUUUGCUGCCCUCAAUCUCUACACAGAUAUCAUCAACAUCUUCCUGUACAUCCUGGCCAUAAUCGGCAAAGCCAAGGAGUGA